AUGGGGUCCGAACUCGGUAUUGACGAACACACCAAGCCCGAGGCUGUCUACAGCCCGGUGGCCAUCUGGUGGGAUGUCUGGGCCGCCGUCUGGUCUAUAGUCAUCGGAGCUGGCAUGUUCUAUCUGAUCAAGCGCCGCAACAACCCCAUCCUGCGAGUCCGCUCUCUCUCGCUCUCUCUUUCUGCUAUCGGUCUUCUUCAUCUGUACUGGAUUGCCUGCCAGAUUGCCGUCAUGAUCGGCCCCAUCAUGCCCGGCGACGUGCAGUUCUGGGUCAUGGGCAUCUAUCUGCCCUGUGGCCUGGCCCUGUUCCACGCCUCCAACAGUUACUUCCUGCAUGUCGCGAAGAUGCAGAAGAAGUACGCCAAAUACAGCUUCCUCGUCGACUCGACGCCUGACGCCAAGCGCUCCAACAUGGGGCCUGGCCUGAUCAGCCGCUUCCGCCGUCUGGACUAUACCCUGAAGCUCGUCAUCUUCGUGGCCAUUGCCAUGGUUGGACAGAUCCUCCUCACCGUCAUCAUGUGGGUGAUGUCGCGCAAGUACCACCCGUCGUUCGGUAUCCCCGGCACUGAGGUGCACGGCAGCGACAUGAAGAUCCUGACCGAGCAGGGCCGUGGCUGGGAAUGGUGGCCUGGCGUGUUCUGGCAGUUCUUCUGGUCGUGGAUUGUUGCGCCCAUCAUUCUGUGGAACUCGCGCCACAUCCACGACACCCAGGGCUGGCGUGUGCAGACCAUUGCCUGUGCCAUUGCCGGUCUCCACGCGACUCCCAUGUGGCUCAUCGCUCUCUACGUCCCUGCGUUCGAAGUCGUCAACAAGGUCUGGGUUCCUCCCCAGUGGAUCUGCCUGUCCAUCGUCGUCAUGGAGAUCUUCACCGUCCUGCUCCCCUGCUGGGAAGUCUUCCGCCAGCAGUCCCUCAAGAAGGAAACCCUCGAGGCCAUCAGGCAGUGGGAAGUCCGCACCAAGGGCGCCAACUCGGAGACCAAGUCGCUCGGCUCGACUGCUACUAUGGUCGACUCGAUGAUGUCCGGCUGGAAGUCCAACAACGACUCCGUCCUCAGCGACAACAGUGCCCGCGAGAGCAUCCUCAACAUGAGCGCCCUGGAAUACGUCCUCGAACGCAACCCUACCCCCCUGCAGCGCUUCUCGGCCCUGAACGACUUCUCCGGCGAGAACGUCGCUUUCCUGACUUCUAUCGCCGAGUGGAAGGCCAGCCUGCCCAAGGCCAUGACUGAUGCUGCCGCCGGCGAGCCCGACGAGGCUACCAAGGAGGCCAUCCGCGAAGCCUUCAACCGAGCCCUCUACAUCUACGCCGAGUUCAUCAGUGUGCGCCACGCCGAGUUCCCCGUCAACAUCUCCUCGCAGGACCUCAAGAAGCUCGACAACGUGUUCGAAUCGCCCGCUCUGAUCCUCUACGGCGACGAGGGCAGCACCAUCGACCGCGCCACCCCGUUCGAGGCCGCCAUGCCCUCGCCCGCAUACUCCGAGUUCAGCGAGAGCUCGCUCGCGGCGAUCAAGAACCGCGCCGAGUACGUCGGCGACAUGCCGCGCGGGUUCGGCGCGUCGGUCUUCGACGACGCAGAGCACAGCAUCAAGUACCUGGUGCUCACCAACACGUGGCCCAAGUUCGUCAAGAACCGGCGCUCGUCGACGGACUCGCUCGAGACGCUGCAGGCUGAGGCUGUAUAA